ACAACUGCCUCCUCAUCUCGUCCGUCUUCCUCACUCUCACCACUGUAUAGUCUAUCGUAUCUUAAACCCAUUUUCGUUAGCGAAAGUAACCGCUUGUCAUGUCCAUGCUCAAUAAGUUUCGCGCUGGGGCGCAAAAGGCAGGCAUUCAGGCCACCGCUUUUAUGAAGGAGGGAGGUAAUCGGGUGGCCGCAGGAUCUCAGAAUAUCAUGCAGGGGUUCACUUUGCCUGGUGAGGCGGAGAAGGCUGCGAAGAUCCUAGCCAGCUUUUUGGCCGACCCAGAGAACCCAGAGAGCGCAUUAAACUCGAUACCCAAAGCUGUCUUGCAUAGAGCGAGAGGCCUCGCUGUCUUCCAAGUCCUCAAAGCUGGCUUCGUCUUCUCCGGCAAAGCUGGCUCAGGUCUCGUUAUCGCGCGUCUCCCCGACGGGUCCUGGUCCGCGCCCUCCUGUAUCGCAACAGGGGGCGUCGGCUGGGGUCUCCAAAUCGGAGCCGACAUCACCGACUUCGUCGUUGUUUUGAACAGUGAGGAUGCGGUGCGUGCGUUCUCUAUGGGAGGAAAUGUGACGAUAGGAGGCAAUGUCAGUGCCGCUGCGGGACCUAUUGGAACAGGAGGGAGUGUGCAGGCUAGUUUGGCACAUCCUGCGCCUAUGUUCUCAUACUCGAAGUCGAAAGGUCUCUUUGCCGGUCUUUCCCUCGAAGGCACUGUCCUUAUCGAACGCAAAGACGCCAACCGCGACUUCUACGGCUCACCCAUUCCCGCACGUGAUAUCCUUGGCGGCCGUGUCCCUCCACCGGAAGUCGCGUCACGGCUGUACGAGAUUAUCGAAGCAGCGGAGGGAUUGGACGAGAGUGGGCUGCCGGAGCAGGCGUACGUGCCUACGGAGACCGGAGAACAUGUCCCUGUCCAUGGGCAAGGGAGUCAUAUGGUUUUCGACGCUGAGGGGCAUUAAAUCGCAUAGGUCAUCGGUUCUGCGGAUGAGGGCGAGGCAGGAUGGAGUUAUAUUUCUGGUCUUCUAUAUUUGAACGCUGCGUUUCUUUUCUUUUCUGUCAUAUCCCUUCUCUAUCCUUUUCUAAUUGUCGUUAAAUUGGCUUUCUUCUACCUCAUCCUACUGAUUUUUCUUCGUCCAUGGAUAUAUUCCCCUUUCUCGUUGUGUUAUAUGUGCUAGGCUGAAGUGUUGGAGCAGAUUACCCUCACCUUUCGCCGUGUAGUUCGGAGGUUUUUAUGCGUUGCCAGUGUACGACGAAGAGAAUGUUCAUGAUCUUGAUGCGCGUUUACAUCGUCUUUUUCUUCCAGUUUUCGACGGCAGACAAAGCACUCUGCACUGCGCAUACCCG